CAACACGCAUACUCCGCGCGACAUCACUUAUAAGGGCAGCAACGAAUUUUUUGCCCAAAAUGCCGCGAGUUUCUAACGCGCCGCGUUCGCGCGUCUUCUCCGGCUCCGCUUCCACACCCGCAAAGACGCCAAUGCGGAUUCCUCUCAACGAUGACCGACAAGAGAAAGCAAACAGAUUGCAGUCGCGCAAAGCACACGAUGAGGCACAACUCAAUCAGAUCAAAGCAGCCGCAACACCGUUACGGAAACGAAAGUCACUUGGACCUGGCGCAAGUCCCCAUACACCGGCUCAAAACGACGUUGAUGGCAUGCCUGAAGUAGGAGGUGCUGCAGUGACACCCAUGAAACGUGUGCCUAUCCUCGCCAACUUUGAGGAAUGGAUGAAGAUGGCUACGGACAACAAGAUCAACGCGACCAAUUCGUGGAACUUUGCACUCAUUGACUACUUCCAUGACAUGUCGUUAUUGAAAGAAGGCGACGGUGUCAACUUCCAAAAGGCCAGCUGCACACUUGACGGCUGCGUGAAGAUAUACACGAACCGCGUGGACAGUGUGGCCACAGAAACCGGCAAGCUGUUAAGUGGACUGGCAGAUAGUGGCAAUAAAAAGAGUAAGGAGGAUGGUGAAGAACACGGAGAUGACGAGGAUGAGGAUGGUGAAGAGGAGGACGGCGAGGGCGGUGUCAAGAAGCGGAAGAAGAGAACGCAAAGAGUUGCAGAAGCGACACUUGCUACGUCCUUUUCUCAGCUGCAACUCAAGAAGAUGGAACUCGAGUUCUCUGUAGAUCCUUUGUUCAAGAAAGCAUCAGCAGAUUUCGACGAGGGGGGAGCGAAAGGCCUUCUGCUCAAUCAUUUGGGUAUAGAUGAAAACGGGCGAAUAGUCUUUGACAGUAGCGACGAUGCCCAAGAAUCUUCUUCCGAUAGAAGACCGGAAGACAACGUGUCGGAGGAGGAAGCGCACGCUCAGGACGAGGUUGCUGACAUUGAUAUUGGCUCUCUAGCAGCGAAAUUCUUCCCCGACCUUUCACGCCUAGACGAGCAAGAAAUAUGUCCCUCGCUGAGAGGCUUCGAUCUCGGCGACGCCAAUGGCUCGCUAGACCUGCCUUUCCUAAAGGCAUCAGAGGACUGGAAACAAGAUAAAUCACAGGACUCACACUCUGCACCUGGUGACGACUCCGGUGUGUUCUUGGAUGGCAACAACGCAUUUGACGACGACGAUGCGGGCCUUGGAGGCUUCGACAUGGCCGAAGGCAUUGGAUUUGGCGAAGGCGGAGAUGCAUGGGCCAAGGAGGCAGCACUUGAGCCGCAGAUGCGUGUGCACAACAUCACUACGAUGGAAGAGGAAAGCGAUGAGAAUCCUGGUGAAGUCGGGGGUUUUGACCCCGACAAGUCACAAUACGCGGUCUCAUUACGGCAUCACCAGGAUGAUGAACAAGAAAACAUUCUCAAUUACUUCGACAAGGCGCUGUCGAAGAAUUGGGCCGGCCCGGAACACUGGAAAAUUAGAAGGGUGAAGGAUGCGGCUAAAGCAGCAAAUACGCCAGCAACGAAGCGGAAGGAGAAAGAGCCGUUCGAGAUCGACUUCAUGGCACCAAUGUCUCAAGCGCUCGCGGAUGCUCUUUACACGCCUGCGUCAUCGAAUUCGGUUAUCACGUUGCCAAAGAAGGAAUGGCAUACCAAGACCAGGAAUUUGCUGCCAGAUGACAAGCAUUUCAAUUCACGGCAGCUGCUCAGAUUGUUCCUGAAGCCGAAAGCGAUGAUGGGUUCUAGAAAGGCAGGAUCUGGAUCAAGUUCGAAUCCGUCAAGAGCAGUCGGUCAAGUACCUGAAGGUGAGAUCGACGAAAAUUACUGGGCGAAGCAGCAAGACAAUGCCGCCUCACAAGCCGACGACGAAGCCAGAGGCAAUUACGACGCAGACUUCUUCCAGGACGACGGUCUACCAUUUGCAGGUGCCAUGGAUGAUGACGACGUGGAUGAAUUUGCAGAUGCAAGAGAUCACUUCUCGCCGCCGGCUGAAGGAGGCGAGCCUAUGGAUCUCGAUGCAAUAGCAAAUGCACCGCCAGGAUCCCAAGAAGGCGCGUUUGGACAGCAGCUUGUGACGCAGAGUCGACGGUUGCGACCGGAGUAUGUCCAAUAUGCGCGCGUGGCCAAAAAGGUUGAUGUACGGCGGCUGAAGGAGGAAAUUUGGCGUGGCCUUGCAUACGAAGAGUCUGACAAGCCCGCUCCUGCGCCCGUUCCCAAGGCAGAGGAUGGGUCCCUGAAAUUUACCGACGUCAUUAACAACCUCCAGAGUGUGUAUCCGAAGCAAGCCAUGGCGGAUAUAUCGACGUCGUAUUGUUUCAUUUGUGUUCUACAUCUAGCGAACGAGAAAGGCCUCGUGAUCCAGAAUGACGACCAGUGGACAGAUCUGACCAUUAGAAAGGAUCCUACUGCGGAGAUUGUGUCCAUGGCGGAUUGAGAAGCUGUUGUACGAUAUAAUGUUAUGCUGCACAGUCAGGACAAUUGGGUUCAGGGUGUUUGGGGGAUGUCCAGCCUCGCUCCUGGGAAAAGGACGUUGAGCACGUUUUGCAUUAAUGAAUUCUCUCGAGGAUCAUCAAUAUCAUGAACAAAGUCUGACGAAUGAGUCAUUGAAUAUUGAACACGUUUUUCGCU